UUUCUUUGCUCUCCAGCCCAGGAGUCGGGGGGUUCUCCUUGUCCCAGCUCGUGUCCCGAUCUUAACAAGUCUCAGACCCUGAGCUCCUUAUCAGAGAGUGGGGCUGUGCUCGUGGAAGUCUGCUGUCUGCUGGUGCUCGCUGUUGACAAUAAGGCAGCAGCGGAGGAGCUGUGUCUCUUGCUCAGCCAAGUCUUUCAGAUUGUUUACACGGAGUCAACCAUCGACUUCUUGGACAGAGCCAUUUUUGAUGGAGCAACUACACCUACCAGACACCUCUCUCUAUACAGCGAGGAUUCUUCAAGCAAAGUGGAUGUUAAAGAGUCCUUUGAAGGGGAAGCAGGCACAUUUCCUUUCCAGGCAUCUAUGGAGGCAGAAGGAAGCUCCCCAUCAGCGUCCACCCCUGCUUCCCCUCAAACGAAGACGGCGAGUGAAGGAGAGCUCAGCACCACCGCUGCAGAGCUGCUGCAGGACUACAUGACCACACUGCGGACAAAACUAUCAUCACAGGAGAUCCAGCAGUUUGCCACGCUGCUCCAUGAAUACCGUAACGGUGCCUCCAUUCACGAGUUCUGCAUUAACCUGCGGCAACUCUACGGGGACAGCAGGAAGUUCCUUUUACUUGGCCUGCGCCCCUUCAUACCAGAGAAGGACAGCCAGCACUUUGAGAAUUUCCUGGAGACCAUCGGUGUGAAGGACGGCCGAGGCAUCAUCACGGACAGCUUCGGACGCUACCGCCGCACAGCAAGCUCCGCCUCCGACUCCACCACCAACGGGAACGGCGCGGCAGGAGGGAGCGUGGCCUCGGACGAGGGCCAGGAGGCCUCGGAGGGGGACGAGUGGGACCGCAUGAUCACGGACAUCAGCAACGACAUCGAGGCCCUCGGCUGCAGCAUGGACCAGGAGGGCGUGGCCCCCUGAACCAGAGAACACAGGGGGACACUGAGGAGGUGAACAAGUAGGCAUGAGCUGAACGGAUCAGAUGAAGGGGGUCCGAAGCACUGACCUAAGAGUUUUUUUUUGUUUAUUGUAUUUUCCUCUAAUUAUCAAGAGGACGUUCCAUAAUCCCCACGCACUCAAGGAAAACCUCAACCUAUCACCACGAAGAAAACAAACAUGAAGUCAACAAAUGCACUUAUGCUGCAGACAUUAGGCAGUCAGUGGGCUAUUUUUGCAUUUCAGAGGAUUUCAGAGCCUCUGAUUUAUUUUGAAAGUCACUUGAUUUUGUACUCUUUUUAUUGGCAGUAUCUGCCACGGCUGUCGGCAUUGUAGUGAAAAUCUCCAGUGAUUGAGAAUAUUAGUAUAAUAGUACUUCAGCCUCUGGAGGAUCCACCAGAGGACUGUGUGCAUGUUUUAGAAGGUAAAGACUGAGGCUGUAUCGAUGUGCUGUUGUAUUACCAUUAGGUCAGUCAGCUUCAUCCACCAGGAGAACUCAUUUAUUUCACAUUUGUGUGUCGCUGUGAGAGUGGAACAUUUUGAUAUAUAUAAUUUUUUCUCAUAAGAUUUGUGUAUCACUUAACAGUACACUAUCAUUUUUUUAUCAGUGUUUACUCUUAUAUAUAUUGUUUUGCUUUAUUCAAACUGACCAAGGAAAUGCUGUACAAACAAAACAUUCUCAGUCAAUCCAAGCGAUUGAGUGGAAUGUAUUUGACAAAGCCACUUAUGGCUGAUGUAAAUGUAUGAUUUCUCCUGCAGGUCAUCUUUGUUAUGUCUCCUGAUAUUACAUGUAUCUGUCAUUGUGCCUUUACACUGCAGUACUGCUGCCGACUGUCUGCCACACAGACAGGGAAUUAUGAACUGUAACUACAGUUGUUGAGCAAAUCAUGGUUAUUAAAUAACAGCUAUUUACACUGA